AUGAUUCUCAUUUAUACUUUAUCAAUAGUUGCUAUGGUUGUAGGCGAAUCCACAACUGAAGAACAAGUUACUAGGAACUACUGUUAACUUCCAGAUCCCAUAUUUGCAGAUGGAAUAUAGGCUGCUAACUUUGGUACCGAUGGUUGGAACUAUGCAAAUGCUGAAAAUUGGGAAUGUAAUUGUUGAAAUAUACCAUAUUUUAGAACUUGUUGUGACUUGUGGUGGAAGCUACCAAUCACCAAUUGAUAUUGUAACUACAGGAGCUAGUCAAUAAUAAGUUUAGCCGUAAAUCUACUAUAAAAAUAAGACUUCGGAUAUUGGAUACGAAGAAGUAAAUAGUAAUAAAAUUAAAUUAAAUUUAGCACCAUACACCAAAGAAUAUGAAGGAGAAUAUUCAGUAAUAGAAGUAUUAGAUGCUUCAGGAUUGGUGGUCAGAUACUACGCCAAGCAAUUUCAUAUUCAUACUCCAUCAGAACAUACUAUUGAUGGAAAGCACUUUGACUUAGAAAUUCAUUUUGUUCAUUAAGUCAAAGUCUUUAAAUAUAUAAUUAGGCUAUUCAAGAUGAGGAGUAAGACUGUAACAAGGUAAAGAAUAGUUUGACAGUUUUCGGUCUUAUGUUCACAGAAUCAGCCUCUGCAACUGAUUAUGAAGUAUUCAAGCCUUGGUUUGAUUAAAAUAUGACUGGAGAAGUGGAAUCUUUUGACUUGAAGUAAGAUUCUAGUUAUUAAGUUUAAUAGCGACUUCUUCUAAAAAAUGACUGAUUCUACCUAUUACAAUUAUAAUGGUAGUUUGACAACUCUUCCAUGUUCUUAGAUUGUUAAUUGGAUUGUAUUCUAUCAAGCAUUACCAAUCUCUACUUUCUAAUUGAAUCAAUUCAGAUCAACAUUUGCUGAUUCGACUGCCUUUCCACUCAAGUAGAACAACCGUCCAAUAUAAAACUUGAAUGGGAGGAAGAUCUUAAAAGGAGUAAUUGAAUAUGAUGACUAUAUUUAAGACUGCACUCACAGCUGGAGUGACAGAAAUCCCAGAUGUGUAAUCAUCCCAAGCAUAUCUAUUACUUUUAUCCAUUGUGAUGGGUGCUUUUAUAUUAUGA